UCAAUGCACGAGAGUUUCGAUGUUUCAUUCCUUUUACUAGCUGUCAGUAAACGCGUGAGGUUCGUGUCAUAGCUCAAGAGCGACGAGGUGGCUGGUGGACAAUCGCGCUAGCAUCUGGUUACGUCACCCCACUUCGUUCCGAUCGUGAGAAGACUCAUUCCGAGCACUGCAUCGCUCAGAUCACGCCACGAAGUGUACAAGCAUUCUGAGUAAAUAUCCGAGGACUCUUCCAAUUGCAGGUUCCAUACGCUACUUCGCAUUGCCUCUCGAAGCAAAACCUCCCCUAACAACUCAACGCCAACCGAAAAGCAUGCUGCACUCAGCCACCGAAUCAGCGAAGAAGAUAUUCGCACCAACAAGCAACUCCGAAGACCCCGGACAUGCCACCCAGUACAACAAAGGCGCGCUAGACCGCGAGGACCUCCUGCCCUCGCCAACCGACCAAUUCCACAAAUGGUUCCAGGAAGCUCAGGCCAACAACGUCUACCAGCCCGAAACCGUCGUCUUGUCUACCGCAGAACUACCCAGCGGAAGAGUUUCAGCACGCACGCUCUACAUGAAAGAGCUGGACGAGCGCGGUUUCGUCAUCUACUCAAACUGGGAUACAAGUCGCAAGGCAAGCGACAUACGAAGCAAUCCUCAUGCAGCAUUGACCUUCCACUGGCGCGAAUUGGAGCGUCAGGUUCGCGUUGAGGGAAAGGUAGAGCGGCUUACGAAUGAGGAGUCGCAGGUUUACUACGAUACGAGGAUUCGCGGUUCGAGGAUUGGGGCUUGGGCAAGUCAACAGAGUAGUGUGAUUGAAAGUAGAGAGCAGUUAGAGAAGAGAGUAGAGGAUGCGGAGAAGAGGUUUGACGGCAAGGAUAAGAUUCCGGUGCCGGAGUUUUGGGGCGGAUUGAGGAUUGUGCCGGAUAUGGUAGAGUUUUGGCAGGGACGGCCAAGUCGGUUGCACGAUCGUUUUGUUUACAGGAAGGUUGGCGGGGAGAACAGCACCGAGAAGAUGAAAGGGGCAGAGUGGAAGAUUGAGAGGCUGAGCCCGUAAGAGGGGAAGACUCGCACUCAAUUUAGCUGCUUCCGUGUUAGGCGAAGGUUCACGGAUUAUUGAGAGCUCAAACAUCAGAUCGAAAAGUCAACGGAAGUAAAAGCUACGAACAGAAGCAACGAAAAUG